AGGUUGAUGAAGAGUGGCAAGGACUUGAUGAAAAUGUUGCCCAUGUCCCCUUCUUUGCGGAGCGCUACUCUGAAGCCGAAAUGAUUAAAAGGUCACAGAUGUUUUAUGAGCUUCUUAAUAAGAGGCGAUCUGUCAGGUUUCUCAGUGAUGAGCCGGUCCCCAGGGAGGUUAUCGAUAAUGUCAUCAGAACAGCAGGUACUUCACCCAGUGGAGCUCACACUGAGCCCUGGACCUUUGUGGUAGUGCAAGAUCCAUGUUUAAAACAUAAAAUUCGUGAGAUUGUAGAAGAAGAAGAAGAAAUCAACUACAAAAGAAGGAUGGGAGACAAAUGGGUUAAUGACCUGAAAAGACUGAGAACAAACUGGAUCAAAGAGUACUUGGACACUGCUCCAUAUCUGAUCCUCAUUUUCAAGCAGGUAUAUGGACAACUCCCAAAUGGCAAAAAGAAGACCCACUACUACAAUGAAAUCAGCGUCUCUAUUGCCUGUGGUAUCCUGCUUGCUGCGCUGCAGAACGCGGGUCUGUACACUGUGACCUCCACACCCCUCAACUGCGGCCCCCAACUCCGGGUGCUACUCCAGCGCCCAGCAAAUGAGAAGCUACUCUUGCUGCUCCCCGUUGGCUAUCCCAAGAAAGAUGCUACUGUGCCCACGCUGACCCGAAAGCCACUGGAAGACAUCAUGGUGGUCAUGUGA